UGACGUGCACUCACUGUAGGUUCAAACUCUGGCCGAACAGGAAGAAGAAGUUUUGAUUCCGUGAAAGUUUUUUUCACAGCUCUAUACGCCUACAGAUUAAUUUUUAAAUAUUGGGUGAAUUAAAUAACAUCUACAAAUCGUCAAAGCGAAAGGAUCCGACGCAAAGAUGUCUGUUGCCGGACUGAAGAAACAGUUUUAUAAAGCGAGUCAGAUGGUGAGUGAGAAGGUGGGAGGUGCAGAGGGAACCAAACUGGAUGAGGACUUCAAAGACCUUGAGAAGAAGGCUGACAUCACCAGUAAAGCCAUAUCAGAAGUGCUCUGCAAAACUGCUGAAUACCUGCAGCCCAACCCAGCAUCGAGAGCAAGACUGACCAUGGUGAACACCGUGUCUAAGAUGCGUGGGCAGGUGAAGAGCCCAGGUUAUCCACAGGCAGAGGGCCUUCUGGGGGAGUGUAUGCUCAAAUACGGCCGAGACUUGGGAGAGGACAACAACUUUGGUGGUGCUUUAGUGGAGAUGGGAGAGGCCAUGAAGAGACUGGCAGAAGUGAAAGACUCUCUGGACAUUGACGUCAAACAGAACUUCAUCGACCCUUUCCAAACUAUAGUCGAUAAGGACCUUAAAGACAUACAGCAUCACCUGAAGAAACUGGAGGGCCGUCGACUGGAUUAUGACUACAAGAAGAAGCGUCAGGGGAAGAUUCCAGAUGAGGAGCUCAGGCUGGCAGUGGAGAAGUUCGAAGAGUCCAAAGAUGUAGCUGAAACCAGCAUGCAGAACCUUCUGGAUACUGACGUGGAGCAGGUGAGUCAGCUCGCAGCUCUGGUCGAAUCUCAGCUGCAAUUUCACAAACAGUCUGUGGAGGUCCUGGAGGAGUUGGCAGAGAGGAUGAGAGAAAGAGUAAACAAGGCCCAGUCUCAGCCGCGGCAGAAACGGAUGCCUGUGUCCAGACCCAGUUUUGAUUAUUCAGAGUCAGAAGACUCUAACGGAGGCUGGAACCCGUCAGCUGCGUCGUCCUCGCACCCAGCCGCAGCGGCCCCCUCCUUUAACAGGACAUCUUCACGGCAAAAACGUAAUUCGACAGAUCAGCCGUGCUGCAAGGCUUUGUACGACUUUGAACCGGAGAACAACGGAGAGCUUGGCUUCAACGAGGGCGACGUCAUCACGCUGACCAAUCAGAUCGACGAGAACUGGUACGAGGGAAGCCUGCGCGGACAGGUGGGACUGUUCCCCUGUAACUACGUGGAGGUGAUGGUGCCCCUGCGGCACUGAUCUCACACACACAGAAAACAGCACGGGACAGUGCAAUGUCAGGUACAGACAGACAGGGAAAAAAGGGGAAGAUUUGUGACUUGUAUUUCACUGUGUGCACUUUGACCUCCUGAAAGAGAUACAGUAUGUGUCUGGGUAUUUUUUUAUAGGGUUGAGGUCCAGCGUUGUAUAACCCUAAAGUACAAUAAACAUCAUUGAGAAGUAUGUUAAAGAUAAAUCCGUUUUGGGAGUGUUCAUUCCAGAGUCAAGGGAUAUUAUUUUAAUAUCAGUUUCCUAUAAUGAUGUUACUUGCUUACAAAUGCACUCAGGUGCAUCUUUACUGUAUAAGAAAUGUCUUUUGUUGGUAAUCACUGACCUCUAGUGGCUGGCCAUGUAUAAUCCGCCGGCCAAUCAGGGAUCAGCUCUUUCUGACCGGCGAAAAGCUCAGCUGUAAGAAUAGAAAUGAUUUUAUAUUUAAUAAUGUAAUUGUUAUGGUCAUGGUAAUUCGUUUGAUUCAGAUGAAAGAUGAACUGACCGUUUCCCAUUGGCUUUAGUUGUAUGGGGUUUAUCUUAAAGGGAUAGAUCACCCAAUAAAUGAAAAUAUGUCAUUUACUCACCCUCAAGUUGUUAAACCUGUGAAUUUCUUUACAUAAAACAAGAUACUAUGAUACAAAAUACUAUAAAAUAUCUUCUUUUGUGUUCUGGAGGAGUAAGAAACUCAUACAGGUUUGAAACAACUUGAGGGUGAGUUCAACAUUUUUGGGUGAACUAUCCCUUUAAAUGCUGUGCAUUAAUAAUUUCGUCAGCAUUGAGUUUAAUGUUAUGUUCAGAAUAAACAAAAGAGGUCAUUAAUAAAAAAAAAAAAAAAACUGUCUUUGCAUGAGCAUUAAACAGAGAUUAGGUUCAUCUAAAUAUAGAAAUUAAUAUUUAGCUGAACCUAAUAUUUAGCUUUCACCCUCAUGUUGCUCUAAACAUAUUCAGUUUCAUUACACUGAAAAGGCAUAAGGUUUUGCAAGGAUAUGAGGGUGAGUUAAUAAUUAGAGAAAACUAUUCCUAUAAAUCCUCAAUUCUAUUUAUAAAUGAGUAUGUAAAUGCGGUAAAUCCAGCUGUUUGUGAGGCAGUUUGUAUCUAUGUAGACCUCCGAUAACAAUUGGUUUGGCUUUUCUUUUCUUCUUUUUUACACAUGAUUCCACCUCCUGAUCUUUUCUAUGGAAAAAGGAACCUUUAUAAAUCCUCUUCCGCGCCGUACUGGUGUUUUCGAGAACCGUUUUGUUGUGGAAGACACAUUAAAGCCUCGUAGCGUUGUGAUUUUAAGCCCAGAUUGUUUGUCUUCUGGGUUUAUGGUUUUAU